AUGACAAAUAUGAUAAAAAAUAAUAAAGAUAAAAUAAAGUUAAAGGCUAAAGCUGUGGAUAAAAGCAAAAUGAAAGUAAAAGAGAAAAAGAAGAAAAGAAAAGAGAAAAACCAAGUUAAAAAUGAAAAAUUUGAUGAAUUAUUUGAUAAAAGUAAUAACUUUUUAAAUUUUGAUAAUGUAUUAUUAGAUGUAAGAUUAAGGAAAUCUUUAUUAUAUUUAUUUAAAUUUAAGCAUCCAACAAAAAUUCAAAAAUUAUCAAUUCCAUAUAUAUUAAAAGGAAAUGAUGUUAUUAUAAAUUCUAAAACAGGAUCGGGUAAAACAAUGGCUUAUUUAAUUCCAUCAAUUCAAAAUUUAAUUAAAUUAAAUCUAAAUGAAAAAGAGCAUUUAAAGUUUUUUUAUAAAUGUAUUAUUAUAUCUCCAACAGAAGAAUUAUGCUUACAAAUUUAUGAAGUAGCGCAAAAGUUGUGUGUUUAUCUUAAAGAUAUAAUAUCAAUAAAUCAUAAUAUAAAUAGAAAAUUUUAUGAACAUCCCACUAUAUUAGUAAGUACACCAAAAAAUUUAUGCAAUUAUAUCAUAGAAAAAAAAAAAAAAAAUAACCUAGAUAUACUAAUGAAUUUAAAAGUUCUAAUUAUUGAUGAAGCUGACGUUUUACACACCGAAGAAUUUCAAAAAUAUAUGAAUAAACUGACAAAUUAUUUACCAAAAAGUUUCUCAAAAAAAUAUCAAAUUAUUAUGGCAUCAGCAACAUUAAAAAAAAGCAUUAUUGAAAAAACCAAUCUAUUUUUACAUAAACCAAUAUAUUUGAAUAUAGAAGAAGAAAUUGAUAAUAUAAUUGAGAAGAAAGAAAAAAAGCAAAAAUUUAAAGGAAAAUCCUUUUAUUAUAUAUAUGAAGAUGAAUUAACAAAAUAUAUAUAUUUAUUUAAUUUAAUAAAAGAUAAAAUGAUUCAAUAUAAAUCUAUUAUAUUCACUAAUACUAUACGUGAUGCUUAUAAAAUAAAAAUCUUUUUAACUUACUUCAAUAUUUCUUCAUCAAUACUUAAUCCAAAUCAUCCAAUUUUAAUAAGACAAAAUAUUAUCGUAGCCUUUAACAAUUCUAAAUUUUACUUUUUAAUAUGUCCUCAAUAUGAAAAAAAUACAUUUGAAAAUAUAAAAAAUAAAAAUAAUUUAGUUGAACAAAUUAAAUUAAACGAACAAAUUUUUACAGAAGAUAAUGAUAACACAGAUGAAACCUAUUCAAUUGAUGAAAAUAACGAAGAUAAUGAAAAUUAUUCAAAAGAUGAAAAUAUUAUGGAUAAUGAAUAUAAUUCAGAUGGAGGAAUUAUUGAAUAUAAAGUGGAUUGUGAUACUGAAAACAACUCAAAUGAUGAGAUUUAUUCAGAUGAUGAAAAUGAAAUUAAUAGUAAAAAUAAUUCACAUAAUGAAGAAAAAGAUUUUCUCUAUAGUAGAGGAUUAGAUUUUUACGAUGUAAAAUGUGUUGUUAAUUUCGAUAUGCCAUUAGAUGAAGAAACAUUUUUACAUAGAAUAGGAAGAACAUGUAGAUUGAAUAACAAAGGAAUAAGUAUUUCAUUUAUAAAUAAAGACAGUGUAUUAGAAAAAGAUAUUUUAAAUAGAAUAGCUGAUAAAAAUAUUUGUUUUAUGAUUAAAAAAGAUAUGGAAUUCAGUAAUGUAGAAAAAUUUAGGUAUAGAGUAGAAUCUACCUUAAAUAAAUGUACAAAUAAAAAAAUAAAGUUAUAUAUACAAAAAGAAAUAUUAUACCAAUCACUAAAAUCAAAACAGUUAAAAGAAUUUUUUAAUUCACACAUAAAUGAAAAAAAAAAAAUUAGUAAAAUAGUAAGGCAGUUUAAUAAAACAAUUAUACCUCAAAAAUUAAUUAAAGAUAGAAAUGAAAGCAUAUUUUUAAAUAAAAGUAAGACAAACAAUAAAUUGAUAAAGAAAGGUGAUAAAGAACAAAAUAAGUUGUAUUCUCUAAAAAAAAAUAGUGGUUUUAUAAUUACAGAGAAAGGUUAUGAAGAACAAUUAAGUAAAGAACCAAAGACGGAAGUAGCUGACCCAUCUAAAUUACCACCUCUAUGUGGAAGAAAAUUAAAAAAAUAUAUAUAUGUAAAAUAUAUUAAAAAAAAUAAAAAAAAAAAUAUAUAUAAAAAUAAAAAGAUUAAAAAAAAUAAGUUUCGAAAAAAAUAA